AUGGCUUCGCAUUCGCGCGACUCUUCCAAUGCCAGUGCCCGGCACGCACACGCGCCUUCGACGCCCAGCCAGCUCCGCCAGGCUCAUGCGCCCUCGGACAGGUCCAGCUCGCCUGAGGAAACCAUGCGUCCCCGCCGCUAUCACGACGACGAAGAGCCCCAGCCGUCGAGCAGCGCUGCGCCCCACGACCUCGAGUUCUCCACCGACGGCAUCCACCCGGCGACGGAUGCGACGUCAGUACACUCAACCCAUGAGGAAGUCGCUCCCCCCGGCGGCAUCAUCGAGAUCGACCUCGAGCCCACGGUGCGCACGCGCCUGCUGAACCAGCAGGACUGGGGCACCUUCAACCGGGCCGAGGGAAGGCCGGCGGCACAUCGCAACUAUGGCAGCUUCGCGGGUAGCAUCCACUCGGAGCAGAGCUUCGGUGGCACCUUCCCUGGCAUCCGCGAGACGGCAGAGGGCGAUGCGCCCGACGAGGCACACGCUCUCCUGGGCGACGCCUUUGCAGACGGCGUGCUGAACAAGGGGAACGGGCAGAAGAUGAGCACGACGCGCUGGCUCGCUGAGCGCCAUGGCAUCAAGGACAAGCGCAUGAUGUACCUCAAGUACUACAUUCCCGUCCUCAACUGGACGCAGCAGUACAAGUGGCGCUACUUCAAGGGCGACCUCAUCGCAGCCAUCACCAUGGCCUCGUUCUACAUUCCCAUGGCUCUCUCCUAUGCCUCCAACCUCGCCCACCUGCCGCCCGUCCACGGCCUCUACAGCUUCGCCCUGAACCCUCUCAUAUAUGCGGUGCUGGGCACCUGUCCGCAGAUGAUUGUUGGUCCCGAGGCGCCUGGCUCGCUGCUCAUCGGCGAGAUCGUGCGUGAGAAUAUCAAGAAGGGUACUACCGGCGACAACGACGGUAGACGUAAUGCCGAGAUCGCUGGCAUCGUGACGUGCAUGGCUGGUGCCUUUAUCCUGAUCACAGGCUUCUUCCGACUCGGUUUCCUUGACAAUGUGCUGAGCCGGCCCUUCUUGCGAGGCUUCAUCAGCGCCAUCGGCGUAGUCAUCUUUGUAGACCAACUCAUUCCCCAGAUGGGGCUCGCACGACUGGCUGCUGAUCAAGUGUCUCACGGCAGUUGCUUGGACAAAGUCGUCUUUCUCUUUCGCAAUGUCGGACGCGCCCAUGGACUCACAUGUGCCAUGUCCUUCACUGCAUUUUUCAUCAUCAUGUUCUUUCGAGAGUUCAAGAAGCGACUGCAACCACGAUACCCUAAUGUUGCCUACAUCCCAGACCGAUUUGUCGUUGUCGUGCUAUCUGCUGUGCUUACCUGGAGAUAUCGUCUGGACCAACAAGGCCUCGCUGUCCUAGGAGAGGUCAACUCCAGCGCCAAACUAUUUACCGUACACUUCCCUUUCGAGACCUCGCACCUGAAGUAUGUAUCUGACGCCAUCAACACGGCAUUGAUUAUUGCUAUGUUGGGCUUCUUCGAGUCUUCCGUUGCUGCCAAGUCGCUGGGCAGCGGUGACCACACCAAGGAAGGCGUCCAGAUGCCAUUAAGCGCGAACCGCGAGCUCAUCGCUCUGGGUACUGCAAACAUUACAGGUGGGCUGUUCAUGGCGCUUCCAGCCUUUGGUGGCUACGGUCGCUCCAAGGUCAAUGCAUCCACUGGUGGGUUGACGCCAAUGAGUUCAGUCUUGUUGUCCAUCAUCACUAUUCUGUGUACCGUCUUCAUGCUGCCAUAUUUCUACUACCUACCCAAAGGCGUUCUUUGCGCCAUGGUCUCAGUCGUAGCAUAUUCGCUCGUGGAGGAGGCGCCACAUGAUGUCAAGUUUUUCCUCAAGAUCCGUGGCUGGUCAGAGUUGGUCCUCAUGGGUCUCAUCUUCUUCAUCACCAUCGUGUGGGAUCUGAAACGUGGUAUUGGUGUCGGUAUCGGUCUCUCUAUCCUGCGGCUGAUCCGUCAUUCGGUUCGCCCACGCAUUCAGAUUUUAGGCCGCGUGCCUGGAACUACUAACCAAUUUUCAAACGCGGAACAUCACCCCGGAGAUGUCGAAUUCAUUGAAGGGUGCCUGAUCGUCAAGAUCCCCGAGCCUCUGACAUUUGCCAACACCGGCAACCUGAAAACCCGUCUGCGCCGCCUCGAGGACCAUGGUACGGAGAACGCGCACCCUGCUCUACCGCGCGUUCGCCGUGCAGAACACAACAAGAACGUCAUCUUUGAUGUUCACGGUGUCACAUCGCUCGAUGGUGCUGGCGCCCAGGUCCUGGCUGAGAUUGUAGAGUCCUACAGGAAGCGGGAUGUCAGAGUCUUUUUCUGCAGGGUGCCGCAAGAGUCCAGUCCCGUCUACCAGCUAUUCGACAAGAGCGGUAUUAUCGAGAUGUGUGGAGGUCCAAGACACUUUGUCCAGAGUGUCGAGGAGGCGCUUCGCAUGACCGAACUGGAGCGACUCACGGAAGAAUGGGCAAGCUCUGCGGAGAGCUCCCGGGCUGUCUCAAGCAGAGCUUGA